UUAAAAAUGGCGGAGCUCAAGGAGGUGGACACUACCCAGCUACACCAGGAGGACGUAGAUAAGAAACGAUGCGAUGGUGGAGAUGUGCCUUCAGCUGGUGACCAAGCUGCAGACAAAGCAGCCGAGAAUGAAGCUGCUGCCGAUAACGAUACCAAACCCUCCACCACAACUGCCGAGAGACACGUCUCCAUUCAAACCAAACUGGAAGGACUGGAGGUGCUGGUUGACCUCAAUGGAGCAGGACGAAAGUCGUGUCCUCUGUGUCCAGAGGAGAAGUUUAAAGCCUGUUAUAGCCACAAACUCCGUCGACACCUGCAGAACCUCCACUGGAAGGUCUAUGUAGAGUUUGAAGGUCAGAGGAUGUGUAUCUGUCACCUGCCCUGCAGAAACCUGAAGCCUGGCCUCAGUGGAGAUCAGACGUCAGGAAGACACGUGGCCCACUACCACUGUGUGGUGUGCUCUGUCACCAUCGCCCGUAAGACAGACAUGGUCAGCCACCUCAAACGCCACGUCAACAAGGGAGAGACCGAGGCCAGUUACUCCAGCAGCUCUGAAAUACCAUUUGAAGAGCCGGCUCCUUCUGGUCAGGCGUGUGAAAUCAUGAAAGAACUUGAUACUAACGUCCAGCUCCUCCCAAACCAAACUGGCUUCCAGAAGAGUGACACCUACUUCAACCGCAAGAUGAAGUCCAACAGGCAACUGGUGUUUUGUUCACUGGCGGUUCUGGCUGAAGAGAGGAACCCACUUGAGUGUCUGGAUGCUUUUGGAGGCACAGGGAUUACAGGGCUCCAGUGGGCCAAACACCUCCGCAGCGCCGUCAAAGUAACCAUAACGGACAUCAACGAGACGUGCGUGAAGAUGAUCAGAGAGAACUGCGAGCUCAAUCGCAUCCGAGUGGACGGAGGCUCGCGGGGCCUGCGGGCGGCCGACGGGGGCUUGAGUGACGUCGACGGGACGCCCGUCGCUACGGUCGAGGUCGCCAAGAUGGACGCUAAUGUCAUCCUGCACCUACGACCUUUUGACUACAUUCACUUGGAUCCGUUCGGGGCGACGGUGAACUACCUGGACGCCGCCUUCAGAAAUGUCCGCAAUCUGGGCAUCGUCUCCGUGACGUCCACAGACACCAGCUCUCUGUACGCCAAGUAUCCCAACGUCACACUGCGCCACUACGGCUGCAGCAUUGUGCGUACCGAGUAUUACCGGGAGCUGGCUGCACGCAUGGUGGUCACUGCAGUUGCCAGAGCAGCGGCUCGCACAAAUAAAGGCAUCGAGGUGCUGCUGGCUGUUGCACUGGAGCAUUUUGUGCUGGUGGUGGUGAGAGUCCUCAGGGGUCCCACGCAGGCGGACGAGUCCACCAAGAAGUUACAAAAACUGGUCCACUGUCAGUGGUGCGAGGAGAGGGUCUUUCUGAAGCACAGCAUCAUGGUGGAUGACACACUCCCCUGUAACUGUCAUGGAAGUCUGCCUGGGAAGACAGCAGUGGAGCUGGGACCAAUGUGGUCUGGUUCUCUGUUUAACACCGGCUUCCUGAGGAGGAUGCUGUUGGCAGCAGUGCAGCACAGCAUGGAUGACAUCCAGCCUCUCAUCAAAACUCUCAUCUGUGAGUCCGAGUGCACCACGCUCAAGGCUUUAGUGCACGGGCCAGCUGCUCUCACCAACCAGGUGGAGUGUGGAGUUGUCAUUAAGACCUCACAGAGUGGGGAGGAGUCGGCUCCCGAUCAGUCAGGGAAGAGGAAGACUGGAGAGGAUUCUGGGAACGUGCUGAAGAAACUCAAGUCUGACGUGUCUCUGGAACACCCACCGUUCUAUUACAGCAUCCAUCGCCACAGCAUCCGGGGCAGGAACAUGCCAAAGCUGAAUAAGUUCCUUCAGUACCUGACAGAGGCCGGCUUCAGGGUGGGUCGCACUCACUUCGACCCCACGGGGGUGCGAACGGACGCAAAGUUGGAGCAGUUUAAAUCUGUCCUCACCAAGUACAGCGUGCCCCCGAACACCACCGCCGUCACCGCCGCUCAGAUAAACGUGAGCACGGACAAAACGGCAUGAGAAACACACCAGCAGCGUCAGAGACUCUUGUGUUCUCAGUCUCUGCUAAAACACAAGCAGCGUUCUAACUGCACUGAUAUCUGCUUCAUGUCUGUGUUCGUGUGCCGUCUCAGAGUCACUUUCAUUUUUUAUUCGAGCUCAAUUACGAACUGAACCAAGCUUACUUUGUCCGCCAUGUCUAUUUAUUUCAGAUUUCUUUAAAAAAUAAAUGUGGUACAAGUCUUUUUUAUAGCAGUUGUAUUAUUUUUGUUUGUUAUGCCUUGAAAACAAUAAAGAUUUCUUGUGCAAGGA